GGUGGGGUGGGUCCUGGGCAAGGCCAGGAGCAGGGCUCUGAGCGUGGCCUCGGUCCUGGGCGUGGCCGAGCUCAGGAUGUUCUGGAGGAGAGAGGUGCUCGGCCUCCGUGGCCCUGGCUGAGCCCAGGAGCCAAGGACCUUCACAAAGUAGCUUGGGGCCACCGAGCCAGAAGGAAGCCGGCCCGGGCGGGGGGACCCCAGCCGCUGCCCUGCAGCCAGCAGAGUCCACAGGAGAGGGGCUCCCUGGUCCCGAUCGACGACAUCGCCGACGGUGCCGUGAAGCCCCCACCCAACAAGUACCCCAUCUUCUUCUUUGGUACUCACGAGACAGCCUUUCUGGGACACAAAGACCUGUUCCCUUACGACAAAUACAAAGAUAAAUACGGGAAGCCCAACAAGAGGAAAGGGUUCAAUGAGGGACUGUGGGAGAUCCAGAACAACCCGCAUGCCAGCUACAGCGCCCCUCCGGUGAGUGCCCAGGCCAGGUGGGGCUGCGUCCGGUGCAGGCUGCAGGUGGCCUCCGGCUUGUCUCGUGGGAACCGAAGAGGGCGGCUCCGCGGGGCAACGUGGGGUGCGUGGCCGGCCACCCCCUUCGGCUCACUUCUGCCCACUCAGGACUUCACCCCCGAGAAGAAAGCCGUGGUCCGAGCGCCACGGCGGGGCCCCCUGGGAGGCCGGAAGAAGAAAGUGGAGCAGAAGGUGCCCUCGGCCUCUGACUCGGACUCCAAAGCAGAGUCGGAAGGCGCCAAGGCCGACCCCGUGGCCGUGGUCAGGUCGGCGUCCUCGGCCUCCUCCUCCUCCUCCUCCUCCGACUCGGACGUGUCUGUGAAGAAGCCUCCGCGGGGCCGGAAGCCAGCCGAGAAGCCUCCCCCCAAGCCCCGAGGGCGGAAACCAAAGCCCGAACGCCCGCCCUCUGCGUCUAGUAGUGACAGGUGGGUGUCGGCUGGUCCCCCGGCUGGGCGUGCUCGGGCUACGGGUGGCAAGGGAGCUGUGCACCGCCCCCUGUGGUCCCCACGGAGAGGCCGUGCUGUGCUGCGCUCUCCCUCGGCACUAGCCCAGGCUGAGUCGGGGACACAAUGCUCCUGGGACCCAGGCCAGGCGAAGAAAUCAGCCAAGAAGCCGCAGCCGCAGAGCACGGAGCCCGUGAGGAAGCCCAGCCAGAAGGAGAAGAAGGGGCGGCCCGAGGAGAAGCCCCGAGCGAGGCCCGGGAAGGUGGAGCGGACCCGGAAGCGGUCCGAAGGGUUCCUGCCGGACAGGAAGGUGGAGAAGAAGAAAGAACCGUCCGUGGAGGAGAAGCUGCAGAAGCUGCACAGCGAGAUCAAGUUCGCCCUGAAGGUCGACAACCCGGACGUGAAGAGGUGUCUGAGCGCCCUGGAGGAGCUGGGCACCCUGCAGGUGACCUCCCAGAUCCUCCAGAGGAACACGGACGUGGUGGCCACACUGAAGAAGAUCCGCAGGUACAAGGCCAACAAAGACGUGAUGGAGAAGGCGGCGGAGGUCUACGCCCGGCUCAAGUCGCGGGUCCUGGGCCCCAAGGUGGAGGCCGUCCAGAGGGCCGGCAAGGCGGCGGCCGAGAAGGACAAGGCCGAGGAGAAGCUGGCGGGCGAGGGCACGCCCAGGGAGAAGGCGGAGGAUGGGCCGAGUGCCGACCUGUCCACCCCUGUGAAUGGCGAUGCCACGUCCCAGAAAGGAGAGAGCGUGGACGACAAGGAGCACGAGGAAGGGCCGGACUCAGAGGAGGGGCCCCGGUGCGGCUCCUCCGAAGACCUGCACGACGCCAGCCCCCAGGAGGGCCCCGACCUGGACAGGCCUGGCAACGACCGGCAGGAGCGCGAGAGGGCACGGAUGAACUCCGAGUCCCCGGACGACGAGAGCUGAGCCAGCCGGCCCGAGCCCAGGCGCCCCGGGUGGCAGAGCCCCGGGCCGCCGCCCUCCCCGGCCUCCCGGGAGAGCAGAGGACUUUCGGGGAGGCCCGUGCGUGUUUGUAUCGUCCCUUCAGGUUUUUUCUGCCUAACUUCUGUGAUUUCCAGCCGACAUGAAAUGACUAUAAAGGGUUUUUUAAUGAAAA